UAAAUAAAUAAAUAAAAAGACAUAGACUGACUGACUGAACGAAUGAAUGAAUUCACUACGGAGUUAGUCCGUUUGACAUAUUUUUGAGGACUGAGAGAAAGCAAACGGAAAACAGACAACGGACGACAAUAGCUGAAAAUGUUAGAACUGGUCUUUCUUGUGGUUUUUUGUCUUCUUGUAGCUGUUCAACCAACAUGGUCGGAACUCCGAUUUGAAGGGGCGAAGGUUUUCCGCAUGAAACCCAAUACUGAAGAGCAAGCUGUAUUUAUUAAACAUUUGGCACAAAAAGUAAUGAUGGAUUUUUGGUUCCCGGAGUCUGUUAAUCAAGUUGCUCAAGGCAUGACGGCUGACAUUCAUAUAGGAGGAGACUCUGUGUUGUAUGUCGAAAACCAUCUGAAAUACAGUGGAAUUGAUCACAGCAUCUUCAUUGAUAACCUGCAAGACCAGAUAAAGAGCCAGUUUGACCGUGUACUUCGUUCAGCAGAGGUCUAUGACUAUGAAAAAUACAAUGACUGGGAUAAGAUUGUCUCCUGGACUGAGCACAUUGCUGCUACCUUUCCUUCUCUCGUCACUCGUACAGAAAUUGGCAAAACUUUUGAAGGGAAUCCCAUAUACCUGCUGAAGGUCGGCAGCCGCCAAGAUCAAAGCAAACCUGCUGUCUUUAUGGACUGUGGUAUUCAUGCGAGAGAGUGGAUCUCCCCAGCAUUUUGCCAGUGGUUUGUGAAAGAGGCCACAAAUACGUAUGGAAGUGAUAAUCUUAUGACCACCCUUCUUGACAACCUUGUGUUCUACGUUGUUCCAGUCCUCAAUGUGGACGGCUAUAUCUACACCUGGACAAAUGAUCGCUUGUGGAGAAAGAAUCGCUCCAAGCACCCCAGUAGCUCCUGCCUUGGUGUUGAUCUAAACAGAAACUUUGAUGCUGGAUGGUGCAAAUUGGGCUCCUCCAAGAAUCCAUGUGACGAAACCUUCUGUGGAUCUGAAGUAGAAUCUGAGCUAGAGGUGAAGGCUCUCGCCAACUUCAUUCGCACUCACUCUGACAUCAAGCUGUACCUUACCAUCCAUGCCUAUGCACAGGUGGUGAUUGUCCCCUAUUGCUACGAUUAUAAAACCACUCCCCAUUGCAAUGAGCUGAAUGAAAUCGCGAAAGGUGCGACACAUGCUCUGGCUAGUCUUUAUAAUACAAAAUACAACUAUGGUCCUGGAGCUACCGUCCUGUACCCUGCUUCUGGAGUUUCCGAAGACUGGUCCUAUGAUCAUGGGAUUAAGUAUUCCUUUACCUUUGAACUCCGGGACGUCGGGCGCCAUGGUUUCCUCCUACCAGAGUCUCAGAUCCGUCCAACUUGUAAAGAAACUAUGCUGGCAAUCAAAUAUAUUGCUAAAUAUCUUCUGGAUCACCCUUAUUGAUCAGAUUAAGCGAUGGAAUGUGUAUUGGCUGUUUUGUAUUAUGUACUAGAUAUUGGAUUUUCUAUUCUGUUGCAACUUUAAAAUCAAUUAAAUGUGUGUAUUUUAUAGAGGAAUUGUAUAUGCUUCCUUCAAACUUAAUAGGACAAAAUAGUCUUCUGCCUGACUAAUCUUUAAUCUGACUUUAUGGUAUUUAUACAUUUAACAAUCUGUGUAAUGGUGUUUUAUUUUUAUAUAAAAAAAAAAAAUCCUGCAUAUUCUAUGUUGAAAUCCAUCUUUAGAAACAGAAGUGCAAUUAUAAUAUUUAGCCACUAGGUGUUGCUAAACACCAAAGAGAAAUUCCUGUUGGAUAUUUUGUUUUUCAUGCUUCAAAAAAUCUUGAAUUUGUAUUCUGAAAAUAAAUUGCUUUGUAACUCUA